AGUCCCUGAAGUCCUGCGGCACUGGCGUGGGUUUGGGCGUCCUCGCAGCGGCGGGAUGUUCACGGCGGCCGCGGAGAGCCUGAUCCACCAGGCCAGGGAGAUCCAGGAUGAGGAGCUGCAGGGCUUCUGUUCCCGGAUCAUCAAGCUGCUGCGGGAGGAUCUGGGCCCAGCGACUGUGGAUGCCCUGCAGAGGCUCUUCCUCAUUGUCUCCGCCACAAAGUAUCCCCGGAGGCUGGACAAGACAUGCGUGGACCUGCUGCAGGCCACCCUCUGCUUGCCUACGUGCCCCGAGCAGCUCCAGGUCCUCUGUGCUGCCAUUCUGAGAGAGAUGUCACCCUCUGACAGCCUGACCCUGUCCUGUGAUCGUGCCCCGAACACCCGGCAGAUGAGUCUGGUGGCAUCUGUGCUCCUAGCCCAGGGUGACAGAAGACAGGAGGUCAGAAGUGUGGGCCAGCGCAUCUUUACAGUCCUUGAGAGCCGGCAGCCCGAGGGGCCCAGCCUGAGGCACCUCCUCCCUGUCCUGUCAAAGGUGGUGGGCCUUGCCCCAGGGACCUUCCAGGAAGACCAGACCGACCUCCUCAGCAAGCGGCUUGUGGAUUGGCUCCGCCAUGCCAGUGUCCAGCAAGGGCUCCCGCACUCAGGGGGCUUCUUCUCCACACCCAGGGCCCGGCAGCCAGGCCCCAUCACUGAGGUUGACGGAGCGGUGGCCUCGGACUUCUUCACGGUGCUCUCCACGGGCCAGCACUUCACAGAGGACCAGUGGCUGAACGUUCAGGCCUUCUCCAUGCUGCGGGCAUGGCUACUGCACAAAAGCCCCGAGGGCCCAAGUACCCUGGACACAGAUGACAAGUCAGAGCUGGAGGGCUCCACCCUGUCUGUACUCUCCGCUGCCUCCACAGCCACCCGCCUGCUGCCCCCACGGGAGCGGCUGAGGGAGGCGGCCUUUGAGUACUGCCAGCGUCUCAUUGAGCAGAGUAAUAGACGAGCCCUGCGAAAGGGAGACGCGGACCUGCAGAAAGCCUGCCUUGUGGAAGCCAUAUUGAUCCUGGACGUGCUGUGCCGCCAGGACCCCUCCUUCCUGUACCGCACCCUCUCCUGCCUGAAGGCUCUCCACACGCGACUGGGCACAGACCCAGGCAGCGAACGGGCCGUGCUGCCCCUUGCCCAGUUCUUUCUGAAUCACGGGGAGGCGGCGGCUGUGGGCUCAGAGGCCAUCUACCAGCACCUGCUCACCAGGCUCCCUUCUGAGCACUUCCACAACCCCAUGCUGGCCUUUGAGGUCAUCCGCUUCUGCAGGGACAACCUUCCCCUGUUCGACCUUCACCUCCUCGGCAUCCUCAAGUCAAGCUUCCCCAACCUGUUCAAGUUCCUGGCAUGGAACAGCCCUCCCCUCACCUCCGAGUUUGUGGGGCUCCUCCCGGCUCUGGUGGACGCUGGCACAGCUGUGGAGAUGCUGCACAUGCUGCUGGACCUGCCCUGCCUGACUGCCGCCCUGUACCUGCAGCUCAGAUCAUCAUCAUCCCCAUCUGAAAGGCCCCUGUGGGACGCCUCUCUCAGGACUCCCGGCUGCCUGGAGGCCUUCCGUGACCCGCAGUGCCAGGGUCUCUUCCAGCACCUGCUGCGCACCAAAGCCAGUGGCUCCGCAGAGAGGCUGACGCUGCUCCACCAGCUGCUGCAGCCCAUGGCCAGCUGUGCCCGGGUGGCCCAGUGUGCAGAGGCAGUGCCCGCCCUGCUCCAGGCAUUCUUCUCUGCUGUGAUCCAGUUUGCUGACAGGGCCUUGACCACCCAGCUGGCACUGCUGCUCCUGGAGAGAAGCGACUCACUUUACCAGGUCCCACAGUACGAGGCCCGCGUGCACAGGGUGCUGAGCUCUCAGUUCCUGGCCCUGUGUCAGCGGAAUCCCUCCCUGGUGGUGGAGCUGGCCAGAGAGCUCCUGGAGUUCGUGGGAAGCGUGAGCAACAUCCACAGCAGAGCAGGCGUGUUCACCAGCGUGGUGUGGGCCAUCGGCGAGUAUCUGUCAGUGACCUGCGACAGGCGGUGCACCGUGGAGCAGAUCAACAAGUUCUUCGAAGCCUUGGAGGCCUUACUGUUUGAGGUCACCCAAUCCCGCCCCUCAGCAGACCAGCCCAGGCGUCCACCACAGGUUGUCACUGUGCUCAUGACCACACUGACCAAACUGGCCUCCCGGAGCCAGGACUUGAUCCCCAGGGUCUCUCUGUUCCUGUCAAAGAUGAGGACCUUGGCCCAGGGCCCAGCUUCCAGCUCCACACACAGUGAGGAGGAUGCAGAAGCCAUCCGCAUCCGGGCCACUGAGCUGCUGAACCUGCUGAAGAUGCCCAGCGUGGCCCAGUUCGUGUUCACACCUAGUGCAGAAGUGUGCCACCCUCGCUAUCACCGUGACACCAAUACAUCACUGCCCCUGGCCCUGCACAUGGUCAGCAGGCUGGUGGAGAAGGAGUCCAACCUCCUGCCAGGGUGAGGGGACAUUGACCAUAUGGACAUCGGCUGCAGAUUAAGAGCCUGAGGUUCGCCGGCCUGGUAUUAGGGCCAAGCCACUGGCUUUGGUGAUAAGAGGAAUCAGGGAGGAGCAAGAGACCUCCUGGGACAGGAAGGUGGCCCAGGUGGCUCAGCCCCUCAGGGGUGUGUCUGACCCUUGCCUCUGUAGUUGGUGGCCUCAUGAUUUCUCUGGGCCGUCUGGAAGCUGCAGACCCUGCCCCAUUGUUCCUAUUUCUGGACAGUUUGGCAGCGUGAGAAAUACAGUAUGAAUAAACCU